AUGAUCUCCGGAGAAACACAGCUACCAUCAUCGUUUUCUUCACUUCCUGACAAAAUCACAGAGCACAUUCUUGCACGUGUCUCGAGAUGUAACUAUCCAUCGCUCUCUCUUGUCUCAAAGAGAUUCCGGUCUCUCCUUUCUUCUAUGCAAAUCUAUACGACCCGAUCUCAAAUCGGAGCCCAGGAAACAUGUUUCUAUGUCUGCUUAAAGUUGCGGAAUCAACCAUAUCCGAGCUGGUUUAGUCUUUGGGCGAAACCUAAUCAAACCCUAACCAAACAAGAAGAGACAACGACUGGGUUUAACAAGGAUCCAAGUGGAAAUUCGGUUGUUCCGACACCUUUCCGUUCUCCUCACAUAACAAGUCAGGCCACCAUAGACAUUGAUUCGGAAAUCUUCAUAAUCGGUGGACCCUACAAGAAACCCUCUUCCUCUGUUCGGAUCCUUGACUGUCGCAGUCAUACUUGGCGUGACGCUCCUAGCAUGACCGUGGCUCGGGAAGAUGCGUGUGCGAUCUUCUGCGAUGAUAAAAUAUAUGUGAUGGGAGGCUGCGAUAUUGACGAGGACUUUGCCAAUUGGAUGGAGGUGUUUGACAUGAAGACUCAGUCUUGGACAGCCCUUCCUGGUCCUGGCGCUGAUGAAGACGUGUUACGCAGUCGUUUACGUGAAUAUGAUGACUACGAUGUAGUCGAUGUGCUUGAUGGAAAGCUUUACAUAGUUGUAGAUGAAAAGGAGUACGCCUACCAAAUAUGGUAG